AUGGCCGACGGGGGCACCCUCCACAAUGUGCCGAUUGUUCUAGACAACGGCAGUGGGACCAUCCGGGCUGGGUUUGCUGGUAAUGAUCUUCCUGGGGCAUAUUUCCCUUCCUAUGUCGGUCGACCGAAGCAUGUCCGGGCGCUUGCUGGAGCUUUAGAAGGGGAUGUCUUUAUCGGGCCCAAGGCGCAGGAGCUGAGGGGACUCCUCAAAAUCAGAUAUCCGCUGGAACAUGGAAUUGUCACGGACUGGGAUGAUAUGGAAAAGAUAUGGACAUACGUCUACGAACAAGAAUUGAAGACUCUGAGCGAGGAACACCCUGUGCUCUUGACCGAACCCCCGCUGAACCCAAGACAAAACCGAGACACCGCAGCACAGAUCCUGUUUGAGCAGUUCAACGUGCCCGCCAUAUACAUGUCCAUCCAAGCCGUCCUCAGUCUUUACGCCAGUGGCCGCACCACCGGUAUCGUUCUCGACAGUGGCGACGGUGUCAGUCACGCCGUCCCUGUGUACGAGGGGUUCGCAAUCCCGAGCAGCAUUCGCAGGAUCGACGUGGCGGGACGGGACGUAACGGAGCACAUGCAGCUUCUGCUGAGAAAGAAUGGCCACGUUUUCCACACCAGUGCAGAGAAGGAAAUUGUUCGCAUCAUGAAGGAGAAGACGUCCUACGUGGCUCUGGAUCCCCGCAAGGAAGAGAAAGACUGGUCGCAAGGGAUCUGGAAGAGUGAGAAAAAGGAGAUUGACUAUGUGCUGCCUGAUGGUCAGAAGAUCAAGAUUGGGGCUGAAAGAUUUCGAGCGCCAGAAAUCCUGUUCGAACCAGAGUUGAUUGGGCUGGAGUAUCCUGGUGUUCAUCAAAUGGUGGUCGAUGCCAUCAACCGAACGGACAUGGACCUUCGCAAGAGCCUUUAUGGCAAUGUUGUGCUGAGUGGUGGUACAACAUUGUGUAAGGGAUUCCCUGACCGACUGUUGUACGAAAUGCAACGGCUGGCGGUCAAGGACAUGCGAAUCAAGAUCUUUGCACCACCCGAACGGAAGUACAGCACGUGGAUUGGUGGAAGUAUCCUGGCAGGGUUAAGCACGUUUCGAAAGAUGUGGGUCAGCAUCGAUGAUUGGCAUGAGAACCCAGACAUCAUUCACACCAAAUUCUCCUAG